UAUCGAUCCUGUCGUCGACAGAACAUCUCUCCACCCGGAGAUCUAAUUGCUGAUCACCUGUAUCAUUCGCACCUGGCAGUACACCGGCAGCACACCGGCAGCACAUCCACAGCAUACAUCUAAGCCAGGCAACAACCAAAAGCAUGAAGGAAAUUGACUGCAAGGAGGAGUUUGACGAAUUCAUCAACACUCGAGAUAAACUCGUGGUGAUCAUGUUUGGAGCAGGAUGGUGCGGACCCUGUAAGAUCAUGAGUCCGUUCUGUGAGAAAAUGCAGACAGAGAAGGGAGGAGCUGUCAUAUUUGCCAAAGUGGAUGUGGAUGAAGCUGAGGACAUAGCUGAAGAGUGUGAAAUCGAAUGCAUGCCGACAUUUGUUAUUUUUAAAGAAGGAGAGAAGGUAGAAAGCAUGAUGGGUGCCAACAAGGAGCAACUGGCAUCAUUGAUAGCAAAGCAUUUGUAGUAGUCCUUCUGUUCAGACACACAAGGAGUCCACACUGGACGACACAGAUCUACUUUACUGUUUCACCUUGUUAACAACACAGAACGAUCUAGUUGCAGAACGAUCUAGUUGGACAUCAGCGGUGUUUAUUAAAUAUUCCUAGUUUAGAAUAUAGGUUUUAUAUUUUACUAUACAGUCAAACCGGACUUCAACCACCACUGAUAGUAGUAUCACAAAAAUAAUAAUAAUAAACACAUUAAUUUGUAUAUGGCUCGAGGCACUUACCAAAUUAUUAGAAGAAUGCAAAUUUUGAUGAUGGUAAAGCACCCAUCUGAUGUGUAGUUGGUCUGGGAGCAAUACCCUAUCGGUGGGCCUAUUGGCCUAUAUCUAGCAGUGCUCCACAACUGGUUGACAAAGGCCCUGAAAUGUACUAUCCUGUCUGUGGGAAAGAAAGACAUGUUUUAUUUAAUGACGCA